AUGCCUAGAGCAGAGCAAUAUACGAAGAACGAGUCCGACUUAUAUGUGUCGGGAUUAGCAGAGGAGGGACUCGACGAGGGCAACCCAUUCCAGCAGGAUGCAGAGGACGAGCCCAUAACCGACCCCGACGAGGCUGCAGUGGCGGCUGUCCUCAGUCGAGAUGAGAACGCCGCGCCAGAUGCCAAGGAUUACAAUGGUGGCCAUGAUCAAGCCGAACACAGCCACCAGCCAAGAUCUACCAAUAUAUUCAUCCCAAAGGAGGAAUCCGCUGUCGGCAGUGAGCUGGAAGACGUUAAUUCCGACCUUGCUGCUCGCCCGCCCGAACACGUCGAGUCCUCCUCUAAACACGGCCGGGCCGAAGAUGCGGACGCUAUUGGUGACGCUGCCGACGAAUUCGACCGCGACGUUCAACGGCUUGUCAAACGUGCCCGCCAUGAUAGCCGAGCCCUGCUCAUCAAACAUGGGGACGAUGUCGAGGAACAAGAGUGCAAAAUGCACGCCAACCUCGACCUGCGCGCCCCUGUCAUCGAGAAUGACGAACACAAAGACAACGAGAACGGAUCACAGCAGACGGGAGAGAACGAUUUCGACCGUCCAAAGGAAGUUGCACCUAUGCCGCGCAUUGAGCAGCUUUCGGGGCACAAGGACCACGAGUCUGUCCCAAGGGAUGCUGGGGACGAGGACGAUGAUGUUGAGACGAAAGGAGGAGAUGACUACGAUGUCGAGAAUUAUGCCGAAUUUGAGGACGACGAUGACGAUAUGGAAGGACCGACGAGAGAUACGGUUGGGAGUGAAGAGUUGGUCAUCGAUGAAAAUAAUGAUAAUGAAUGGUAA